CAGGUCCUCCCAACCCAACCAUCCAAAAUACUACAAUACAAACAUAAUUGCACCAAAACCUAUAAAAAAUAGAUGAGCAGAAUCCCAAUCUCUUGCUUUUCCCUCUCAUCAGACCCAUCUAUGGACUGUUGUUCUCUUUUGUUUUCUCUCUCCCUCUAGGGUUUGCAUUUUCUUUUGAAAUCUUUGCUUUCAUUGCUCUCUGUCCUUGAGCCGUGAAUCUUCCACUGCCAAAAAAGUACAACCCUUUUUCAUUGACCCCACACAACACGUCCUCCCCUUUUAAUGUUUUGAAAAGUAGAACCCAUUGUUUAAUAAUCAAAGAAAAUGCAAAAAAAUCUCAACCUUUUCCUUUCUUAGGGUUGGAUUUUUAGGUUUUCUUGCCUUUUUCCUUAAUGGGUUUCUUUGUACCAAAUCAAAAUUCUUUCUUUGAUCAUAUCUUGUUGAUGGGUUUAUAACAAUCUCCUGAACUUUCGUAGAAAAUCUUUUUUUCUUGGAAAACCGAGAUGCCAAUCAUCAUCUGCAAAGCAUAAUUCAAUUCAAAGAAGGCAUUCUGGGUUAUAUUGCUUCUAGGGUUUGUUGAUCGUUAGUCAAUUCUGAUUGGUUUUAUGCAAAAACCCAUUUGUAAUCACCACAAUUUUGAAUCUACGGAGUACGCAUUUGGGCAUUUUCCACCAAGAAUUGCGUUUCUUUGAAGGUUUGGCUCAUACACCCCUGUUUUUCUCUUGGGAAUUUUUACAAACUUAUGGUAUGCAUUUCAAUUUGGUUCGUUAGGGUUGUUCAUAUUGUGUUGAAAACAUGGGUUGUGUUCAUGGAAAGUGUUGUUGCCGAUACCCAAAAUCAUCAGAUGGUGAUAAAAAGGAUGUUAAAGAUUUGGGUCCAUAUAAUGCCCAUGAAAGACAUGUACUUGCAAAUAGGUUAUUAGAUUUUAUUCUUAUUCCUUGCCAGAAUUUCCAGUUGGAGUGUGCGGUCCUCACGCAACACGGGUACUACCCGGAAAUGCCUGGUAAAGAAAAUCAAGAUAGUUUCUGUAUCAAAACACACAUUCAAGAUAACCCAAAUGUUCAUUUCUUUGGUGUAUUUGAUGGGCAUGGUCAAUUUGGUUCACAAUGUUCAAAUUUUGUUAAGACUAGGUUAGUUGAAAUUCUAUCCGGUGAUCCUACAUUGUUAGAAGAUCCUGUAAAAGCUUAUAAUUCUGCAUUUUUGGCAACAAAUGAGGAAUUACAUAAUAGUGAGAUAGACGAUACGUUGAGUGGUACAACGGCUAUCACUGUUCUUGUAAUUGGGGAUUCAAUUUUUGUGGCGAAUGUGGGUGAUUCGAGAGCUGUGAUUUCCGUUAAGGACAGGAGUCGGGUUGUUGCUGAAGAUUUGUCUCAUGAUCAAACACCUUUUCGGAAAGAUGAAUGUGAGAGGGUGAAGCUCUGUGGGGCCAGGGUUUUGAGUGCUGAUCAAGUGGAAGGGCUUAAGGAUCCGGAUAUUCAAACGUGGGGUGAUGAAGAGACUGAAGGUGGUGAUCCACCGAGGUUGUGGGUUCAAAAUGGAAUGUACCCUGGGACUGCAUUUACGCGGAGUGUAGGGGACAGCGCAGCAGAGAAGAUUGGUGUGGUUGCUGUUCCAGAGGUUUCAAUGGUUCAGAUUAAACCCGAUCAUCAUCCAUUCUUUGUUGUUGCAAGUGACGGUAUUUUCGAGUUUCUCUCAAGCCAAACUGUUGUGGAAAUGGCCGCAAGAUAUACAGAUCCUCGAGAUGCAUGUUCUGCUAUUGCUGGAGAAUCAUACAAACUAUGGUUGCAGAAUGAAAAUCGGACGGAUGAUAUAACAAUCAUAAUUGCACGUAUUAAGGAAUUGUCUAAUGAGAGACCUACAUUUUGGAAGGGUGUCACUUUGAAGGGUGUCACUUUGAGAGAUCGAUGCUACCGAAAGGCUCAUUGGUUCAUUACUUUUGUUUUGGGAUAUUUCUUGUGUUCUUGUCCAAAAAAGGGUCUCUCUGGAUCUGUUUUUCCCUUUACUAGACAGAGUGAAGAAAAAAAAAAGGAAAAAAAAAGAAAAGGUACCAAUGCUAACAAUGUAAGCAGUGAAGUUGACAAUCAGCAAUCAGGUACCAAUGCUAACAAUGUAAGCAGUGAAGUUGACAAUCAGCCGGCUCAACCAGGGACAGGAAAAGCAAAGUCCGAAGCAUUUGUUACCCCUCCUGGGUCAGAAGCUUUCCGUUCAGUGAGAAGUGAUUUAUCUGAUCCACAUAUGGUAUCGACAGAUCAAGGCGAAGGAAUAGCUGACCCAUCUCCAAUGCUUUCCAGGCCUUCGUGAUUGAGCUAACGAAAGGCAUUUGGGAAGUUUCUUUCAUUGUUCUGUUUCAUUCGCUGUGAAAUGGGAGUUGGAGCUCAAAAGUUGGUGCCGUGCUGAUUGAUCUCUAUGCAAUCCAUUUCAUGGUAAUCUCACUUGCUAGUAGUAACAACACUGACUAUUGAGUGUACAAAAUUGGCUUUAAAUCACUGAGAAGAGAAGACUGAAUGAAUCCUAACCCUAACUUGAAUAAAGAGGGGUGCUGUGGAAGAUGCUAUGAGAGUUGGGAUGAUAUUAUUGAGAGGAAGUUUGGUGUUUUCAUGGAUUUUAAUGUACUACUAGAGAUGUAAAUGAAUUGUGAAUGACAUUUUUAUUUACACAAUUUGCAAGUAGGAACAGAACAGUGUUGUUUUAGAGUUUUUGUUUAGUGUAAAAGCUGUACCAUCUGUGCUUUUAAUUGUCAGAUCUCCAUGCCUUCCAUUUCA